GAUCACACAAAGUAAACCGCGCUGAGGUUGAGUGUUUCAGAGGGCUUCCCUGCCUCGACUGAUCCACGUAAUAUGAAAUGUGACCGAAUGGACUACAAGUAAUAGGUCGGUGUGGAGAAUCCGCAGACUCAAUGUAAGCUUACUCUAUUUGAAAUCACAAAUUUACUUCAUGAACUUUGCGGACAUAAUACCAAAAGAGCGGCUUCUUGGGGCCAGAAGAGUAACCCGUGGCCCCUUGGAUAAAGGACAUAUCCCUUAAACCCAGCCCCAUCACAGAUGCCGAAAGAGAGGCGGAGGUCGUUGAGGGAGGCCGUAAUCCACAGGUCAUCUCCGAUCUGCGACGGAGCAGGCAGAGAGCGAGAGGGCUUCUUCUCAUCAACACAAAUUUGUGAUGAUAGCUCGCAAAUGGCGGAACGUAGCUCCACAAGUGGGCAAGUAGGAUUCGUCUCCGAUAGCGACCUAGUGGGAGGACGUCUCGUCCCACAGGUGACCAUUACCUCCGACGGCGAUGGAAGCGCACGCGAGAUCGAGCAGGCGGAUCUGGACACGGUGAACGGAGGGCUACGCCGUAAACUGUCUAAUUCAUCGGUCUCGUCUACCGGCUCCUCCGCAGCAUUAGAAGAGUCAGAAGAUGACAUACUUAGUGACAGCGAAACAAAAAGCAAAGGAAUCGUUACUUUGGAACAUUUGGGGGACGCGGGAGAGCAGGCCAGACCCUGGUGGAAGUUGAAGACAGUGGUCCACUGGCCUUUUGUGGCUUCACAGAGACGACGUCUAUCUUGGGUUCAGUUAGCAGGUCAUAAAGGCAGCUUCAAGGCUGGAGAGGAGGGCACCAUCCUGAAGAAGUACUCGGAGAAUGAGAGGCUGUGCUUUGAGCAGCUGAGCGGUGACAUGCUGCAGAGAUUUGUGCCUACCUACCGUGGUGUGGUAGAGCGGGACGGGGAGCUAUACCUGCAGAUGAGCGAUCUGUUGACCAGCUUUGAUGGACCGAAUGUCAUGGAUUGCAAGAUGGGAAUGAGGACUUAUCUGGAAGAGGAGCUGGUACGUGCCAGGGAGAAUCCCAAGCUGCGGCGGGACUUGUAUAAGAAGAUGGUGGAGGUUGAUGAACAAGCGCCCACAGCCGAGGAGCACAGGCAGCAGGCCGUGACCAAGCCACGCUACAUGCAGUGGAGGGAGACGCUCAGCUCCACCAACACACUUGGCUUCCGCAUCGAGGGAGUGAAGAAAGCAGAUGGAACCUGUCGCACAGAUUUUAAGAAGACUCGGUCAAGGGAAGAUGUGACACACGUCUUCAAGGACUUUGUCUGUGGGAAUGAAAACAUAAUUGGCUCCUACAUUAGGAGACUGAACGAUAUCAGACACACUCUGAAGGUUUCAGAGUUCUUCAUGAAACACGAGGUCAUCGGGAGUUCACUGUUGUUCAUCCACGACCGUACUGAGCGUGCCGAGGUGUGGCUCAUUGACUUUGGCAAGACCACAGCCCUUCUGGAAGGGCAGAUCCUGGACCACUGCAGGCCCUGGCAGGAGGGGAACCGAGAAGACGGGUACUUAUGGGGCCUGGACAACCUGCUGCAGACCCUCACCUCACUUACCACAGAGGGCUUAUAGUGAACUUUCCUGCUGGAAGGAACUAAAGGACCCCAUAUUAAGUGUGCUGUGGGGAGAAGUGAAAUGAUUCAGUUAUUUGUAGUGUUCAGGUGUAAAAACACUCGGUGUGCAUAGUGAAACUGGGUUCUGCCUCAUAAGCUGCAUUUGUCCUGACUUGUCUCUUUUAUGACUUUUCACCCAACAUGGAGAAUGUGUUUUACCUUAGUCAACCCUUCUAGAGUGCAUAGUGCUAGAAAACUACAGAUAACCAACUGAUUGUCUCUAGCGAUUAAUGAUAGAUAAACCCAUGACAAAUUACAGAAAACACUGGCAAUAUUCAGUACCUCUUUGUUUAUCAGCAAAUCCAAUUUAAAUAACCAGUUGCCAUCAACACUUUUAUUACACCUUAGGUUCCAAUAACCACUAGGCAGUCAUGGCAGUUGGCUGUUGCUGUUGUACGAUGAUCCGCUAGGACAUAAUUUAGUGUACCUCUGACAAAGCAUGUUUGAAAUGUAAAAGGAGUACCAGUGAACUAAAAGUAUAUGUUCAUUGCCUCCAGCAACCAGCAUAUUCACACAUACCUUCUCUUUAGCCAAUCUGAAGAUCAGUGUUGUGUUCAAGCUUUGUUUCUCUGGUUGAAGAUGUUGUGAAAUUAAUCACUGGUGGCAUACUUUUAAUUAGAUUUUAUUGCCAAUGAAGACAAAAACUAAUUUUUGUGAUGAUUAGCGUAAUGUUCUCUGGAAGGGGGUAAUGGCUAAAAGUUAGUUAUGAUUAUAUGACCCAUAAGUUCUCUGAAUGAACUGGACUACAUUCCCGGUAACGAGAAAGCAUGGUAAAGUGUUUUAAAUUAGUCAGCCCUUCUAGAGUGCAUAAAGUGCAAGACGACUACAGAUACAUAAAUGAAUAGGCCAAUAGUGAAAUAACAAUAAGUAUUUCAGAGCCAGCUUAACUUUGAAUGCUUGACACAUCAUAUGUGGCACAGCACACCCAUUCUGACCAAACUGCCUUCAUGCUACAAGGGCAGAAUGCCAUGUGUCAAACACUGGGCCAGACGGCAUCCUUCAGCCUGCUUCUAUCUGUAUUUCUUUUAUUGUUUUUCUGGCCACUCUCUAGCCACUCUCUAGCCACUGGCCACACUUUAGCCCUUAAACUAGGACAGACCAGUUGUGCUACUUUCUCUCCCAAACUGAAAAAUUAAAAAGUGUGUGGGUUUACAUAGGGCCGUGGGCUUGAACCAUGUGAAACCUCUGAUCCUAUUUUUUUUUUUCUACUUGAAGAUCAAACUAUUAUGCGGUAAAUCAGUCUGUGAAUACAAAAUUAUUUUAGAGCUGGUGUUUAGAACUGGCAAAGAAUAGUAUUGAUAAUAAUCAUUAUAUUGAUUAUAUAAAGACUUUACUGUUCUGGUGGCGUUGAGCAUUACAUUUACAGACUUGAGAGACAAUCUGUAUAUCUGUACUUUUCCAAUAGUAUUUUCCCAGACAGCUCGGACAAAUUUUACCUUGAAACACUAUUGUUUUUAGGGAUCAGGUGACAGUAUUUCUUGUCACAGAAUGUUUAUACAUAAGAUUUUCUCAUAAUAAAAAUCCUGAAAAAAA